AUGGCGCCUAAGUGGCCGCAGGUAAACAAUGGCCCUGAACACAUCAACGAGCACGCCGCAUACCUCAGAGAAGCAUGCAACCAAUUGCAGGCCGUAGACAGAGGCAGGCAGAACCAAGUGCCAUGGAACAUAGUGCACUCAUUCAUUGCAUCCACCAUAGAGCUCGCAGACAAGGUGAUCCAGCAGCCUGCAAUGAGCGAGAUCCUCCACCACAUCCAGGAUACCGCCAAGUGCACGCAGAACAUCCAACGAGACGUCUCGGUCAUCAAAAACUCCGUGGGAAUAGGUACCGCCCCGCUGAACUCAGCCAACUUCAGCGGCGGCAGAGCCGCAGCUGCAACCUGGGCGCAGGUAGCAGCACGGGUCAAUGGCCCUCAUCCCAUACCACCGCCAAUCCCAUCAAACGCCCGUUCCACCGAGACUCAGCCCACAAUUACAGCAUACAAAGACAGAGCAGUAACUGUCAAGCUCAAGGAUCGCGGAAUUUCUCAGAGAUUCCGAACGCUAUCUACAGUCAUGAUAAAACACAAAGUAGAAGCAUCAAUCCGGGAAAAUACAGACACCAAGUCAGUAGAGGUAGUAGCUGCGCACCAGCUCAAGAGCGGCGACAUACAGAUCUUUACAUCCUCCACAGCGAAUGCCACGAAACUCAGGGAACACAGAGGGUGGAUCAGCGGUCUUGGAGAACACGCAGAACUUAUUGUACCGACCUACGGAGUCAUCGUCCACGGCAUCUCCACGAAUUCCAUCAAUAUUAAAGAUCAGAAAGCAACCAUCCAACACAUACUCGCAGACAACCAUACAGUCAUCCCCGAGGCCGAAAUCUCAUACAUUGGAUGGUUAACUCGAGAAUCACCCCUCAAGCGCGCAUCCUCGAUUGUGGUAGAGUUCAAGGACCCCGAAAUGGCCAACGCCAUCAUCUACACAGGAAUGGCAUGGGAAGGGCAGAUCCACAUCUGCCAGCUCUAUGACCGCGCCUGCAGAAUAAAGCAAUGCUUCCGCUGCUAUAAUUACGGUCACAUCGGCGCUCAAUGCGACCAGCUCAGACACGCGGCUAUUGCGCCGAACUACACGAGACCAAGAACUGCGGCCAGAAAGGAGUAG